CCAAUAUGGUCUGAGCGAGGAAGUGGUUCUGCAGUAAGCGGGAGGAAAAACUUUAUGCAAAGUGCAUUUAUCGCAAGAAUAAGAAGAAAUUGGUUCUUGCGGGCACAUUCGAACUCUCUAGCAUCGUCUUCACUUAAUCAAUAAUAACUUGUGACUUUUGCUGUCUUCAGCGCCAACUUCUUGAAAUAUGUAUGCAAAUACAUAUUUAAAUAGCAUGAAGAGGAUCUGUGUGAACUGUGAGGCGAGGAGCCCUCUACCAACCUCUGGUGCUGAAGAACACACCAGGGACACACAAGUUACACACACAAGUACUGCAACAACAGAUACAAGCAACACCAGCAGUGUGUGCACAGAUAAAAAAUACACAUUCCACAAGUCUAAAAAACGUUCGGGCUCAAAAAAAAAGGGACGGUAUAAAAAUAAUGACUUCCGUAGAAGACAUAAACGUCAUUUGAGAUCAGAAAAGUCAAAUGGGAGAUACAAAGUGUGUCGUGAUCAGAGAAAAAUUUGUUUGGAAAGAUCAGUUGACGAAAAACCUUCUACAAGGGUCAAUAGAAAGCAAGGUCACUAUAAAUCAGCAAAUAGUAAAGGUGAUAUUAAGAGAGUGCAUCUUGGAAAUAAGCAAACUUAUUGUAGAAAUGAAAAUUCUCGGAUAACUCAUAAACAGACAAACUCUCAGUUGUCUGGUAAGGAGUUAAACAAAAAUAAAAAAUCAGAACAUGAAAAUCAGAAAAUUAUAAGAAAUAAGAAAAAUAGUAUUGUAUACUAUUAUUGUAACUGUAGCAAAGGAGAAUCAAGUGAAUGUUGUAAAAAAUUCAUCUCGAGCUGUGAAGCAGCUAAUGUUAGCUGUGAAGUUGGUACCAGCUGUGAUGUGGAGGUGAAGAUAGAUAAGUAUUUUGAGCCCAUAAGAAAAGAGCAUACUACAAUUACAAGGCCGAGUGAUGAAGUAUGUAAAAAGGUAAUUGGCGAGCCAUGCAUGUACAGGUUUAGCAAGGUGGUUAUAAUUGGAGAUUCUCGCAUCAAGCCAUUAGAAGAUGUCGGGAUGAAGAGCACAUUUGGCCCUCUGGAGAUCAAGUGUGUGCCAGACUUGACCUUUGAUAAUCUGGAAAAAGCUGUUAAGCAUAAUGUUGAUAAAAGCAUUUGCCCUCGAGGAAUCCUGCUUAUUUGUAGUGUUGGUAUAUAUGAUAUCAUCCAAUUUGGUAAUAAUUUAACCUCCCAGCAAAUGCAUAAUCCUAUAAAGAUUCAACACAUUUGUUUUCCAAAUCAAUAUAUAGGCAAAACCAUUGCUAAUAAUAUCAUGAAUAUGUGUAAGAGUUUACGUGAAAUAUUGGGUGAAAAAUCAGAAGUCUACUUUACAAAUGUUUUGCCAUUAAAUACAUCAAAGAUAAAUUUAUAUCAGGUUGGAACAUAUGAAAAAGCUAAUGGACACUGUCCUGAUGUUCUGUUAGAUCAGGCAACAUAUUGUAAGAACUUAGAAAAGCUAGUUAAUAACGAGUUGAAUAUAUUUAACUCCAGAGUUUCAAAAUUAAGUGUGAGAGGAGAUGGGAAAGAAAUUCCCUGGAAUCUUUUACCCUCUAAUCCUGGCAAAUUUCUGGAGGAUGGGCUGAACCCAUCAAGAGAUGCAACAGAAAAUUAUAUGAUUCCCAUGCUAAAAUAUACCAUUAAGCAGUAUCAUAUGAACAGGUACCAGGAAGUUGUGCUUAUUGGUGAUUCCAGAUUACAAAAAGUGGAAAAAGUGUGGCCUAUAAAGGAUGGAGAGAUGGUCACUAUAUUUACACAGUGCAAGUUGUCCUUCCGAGCUUUGACUGAAGACAACCCCAUUGUGAAGGAAAUUUCAGGCAAGAAGGAUGCACUUAUAGUUCUUAGUUUAGGCAUGUAUGAUAUUAUAAACUUUGUUGCAGAAGAUGGGUGUGACUCCCAUAAGAUGAAAUUGGAAUUACCCUCAUUAUGUUUAGAGAAUUUGGACUCUAGUGAUAAACUCUGGAAUGACUUUGUUAACUCACUGAAGAGCGUUGACGAACUUCUCCGUAAAGUAACGACUAACUGUGAUGUAAUAAUCACAACCAUUUAUCCAUUUGAUUUUCUGACCUUACAGAACUACUUGGUCAAGAGACACGCUGAAGAAACCGGACACAUUGUAACAAUUCCUUCACAAUCCAUGGAAAUAAAGGAAAAAUUAAACAGGAUUGGGCAGUUUAUAUUAGGAAUUAACAGGAUUGCAUUUACACUUGCUGAAGUGAAACAGUUGCCUGUCUGGGACUUUAACAGUUUGGUGUGUGGUAUUGACCUGCCAGAAGGUAAUAUUCCUUUGAUUGAUGGUUUCCAUCCAACUUCAGUUGUAGCAAGGAGGAUAGCUGAAGCUUGUGUGAAGUUUGCUAAGACUUCUCAGUAUGUCUGUUCUCCAAAGUUAAGUUUUAUGGAUAUAAAUGAUGAAGUUGAAUUUAACAAGCAGCUUUGUAUGCGCCAGCCUGAUUUAUCUACCUUUUUGGAAAACUUCAGUUUUGAUUUGUCAGGUUCAGUUAUGAAGAGCAAGUGGGCAGAAUAUUACAGAGUAAAUAACUCAAACAAUUCCUUCAGAAAUUCCAAAUGUAGCCCUCUUGAUCUAGAGCCAGCAAUAUAUUUUGGUCCAAUCAAAAGUAGUGAUGGGUUUUGCGGAAGUUAUAGUCCAAUCAGAGCCUAUAGUUCAAUGGGAGAAUAUUGUCCAAAUCCAGGAUAUAGUCUAAACAAAAAAUGUAGCAUUAAAAAAAUAUGUCAUUCAAAGAGAGAAUAUACUCCCACGAGAGAAUAUAGCCCCAAGAGAGAAUAUACUCCCAUGAGGAAAUAUAGCCCCAAGAGAGAAUAUACUCCCAUGAGAGAAUAUAGCCCCAAGAGAGAAUAUACUCCCAUGAGGGAAUAUAGCCCCAAGAGAGAAUAUACUCCCAUAAGAGAAUAUAGCCCCAAAAGAGAAUAUACUCCCAUGAGGGAAUAUAGCCCCAAGAGAGAAUAUACUCCCAUGAGAGAAUAUAGCCCCAAGAGAGAAAAUACUCUCAUGAGAGAAAGCCCCAAGAGAGAACAUAGCCCCAAGAGAAAAUAUACUCCCAUGAGAGAAUAUAGCCCCAAGAGAGAAUAUACUCCCAUGAGAGAAUAUAGCCCCAAGAGAGAAUAUACUCCCAUGAGGGAAUAUAGCCCCAAGAGAGAAUACAGCCCCAAGAGAGAAAAUACUUUCAUGAGAGAAUAUAGCCCCAAAAGAGAACAUAGCCCUAAGAGAGAAUAUAGCCCUAGUCCAGAAAGGAAAAGAUGGGAGAGAUCUUGCUCUCCCAUUAAAAAGAACUUUAUAUAUAGAGAUGAAACAUGGAGAGAGAGGCCAAAGAGAAGUUUCAGUCCAGUAAGUCACCUAGAACCUCACUUCAGGAACCAUGCCAGCAAUAAACAUUUGAGCCUACAUAGCCAUCACAGCAAGUGGAAGAGAGAGAUGCACUCGCCUGUAUUUGAUUUACAUUGUAGAAGGUCACGGUCAAGAUCACGGUCAAGAUCACGGUCCAUCUCUGGCUCCAAUUCAAGAAGAGAAAGAAGAGAAAAGUAUGGUUCAAGGAGAGAGAAAAUUGGAAAGUGUGGUUCAAAUGAUUCUGUUAUUAUGCGUGCAUUACAGUCUCUGCGUGAAGUUCAUGACCGGGAGUGUGAAAUGUAUAGAAAAAACCCAAUUGCUCAUCCAGAUUUCACUAAAGAAUAUCAUGCAUUUGUUGACAAGAAAAAAGCAAAAAUUCUUUCAAUUGGAGGUGAUCCAAAUACAUAUGAUAUGACAAAAGAAUGGACAAUAUUUUGGCAGUCUCGUUUGGAAACUAUAUUUAAUGAAUGUUGGACAAUCAAGAGAGACGAAUGUGUAUCAAUGCUGCCCGUCAAUAAGAUUUUAUCUUGUUCCCCUUCUCCUUCUAGUAUCUCUAUGUCUUCAGACAGAUCAUCAGAUGCCAGCAUUUAUAAAUAUAAAACUAUUAGAAAGUUAAAUAAACAUCGUAGAUCAUCAAGUACAGAUACCUGCUUGAUAUCUAUAGAAAGGGAUAGAAAAAAGGCCAAGAAAAUAAGGAAAAAGAGAAAGGAUACAAGUGAUAGAGAUAAAGAUUCAUCCAGUUGUUAUGAAGACAAGGAAGUUCAAGAAGAGAAGAGGGAUGCCAAACUCGGUGACCUUAUAAAAAAGGGAAGGAGAGAUGACUACUUCCAGAGUCCCAAAUGUUCAUCAAGUGAGACAUCUUGGGAUAAUGAUCUCACUGGAGAGAAGGAAAGUAGUGGUGUUGCUAACCAAAGAUUAAAGCAUGUAAAGGAUACUAAGGAAAAGUUGGGUAUGGAAAAGAUGGAAGGUUUCAUUGAUGAACUUCUACAGCUUGUAACUGAACCUGUGAAUCCAGUUGAUCAUGUUGCAAGUAAGGCAGCCACUUCAUCUACAACUGAACCAAUGUUUUCUUGCAUAUCAAACAAACCUAAGCAGUCUUCUGAGAAACAUAUUGUUAUGGCAGAAACUUACAAAAGAAAUGCAUUGGAUGUUCAGCUCACAAAAAAUACAAGCUCUGAUUUACAGGAUUUACCAAACAAAUAUUGUACAAGUUUUCCAAAGAAUAAUAAACUGAUGUUUGAUUCAACCAGUGAGUUGUCAGAAGAGAAAGUGUCUUCCCCAUCUCUUUCAGAAGGUUUUACUGAUGAGGUAAUUUGUCUUUUUGAAACGUUGAGUCAUUUAGGGCAUAGGUUAGGUGCUCUGCUGAUACCUGUGAAGUUAUUGCAUGAGAAUGCACUGAAAGUGAAGUCAAAUGGGCAGGAUAUAAUGAAUAUUUUUUCUUCAGUUUAUGACAAAGUUCUGUUACACAUGAUAGAGGACAAAUUAAGUAAGGCAACAAAAGAUAGCACACUGAAUAUAAUUGAGAAAGUUGUCAUCCAGGAAGCUGAGCAAAGACUAGGCAUUCUCCUUGAAAAGAUAAAUGAUGACUUUAAAUUUUGUGAUUUAAAGAUUGAUAGCAUAGCUAGUGCUUGUCUUGGAAAAAGUUCUAAUGAAAUUACAACUUUUAUUGAAAAUGUAUUAUUGUAUCAUGGUCAUACACAGGUUUCUCAAGAUCAGUUAUUGAAGAUUCACAUGGCAGUUAAGGUAGAACAAGCGGUGAUAUUGGGUCUUUCAAAAAAUAUUCCUCAAAAUAGAGAUAGUGGGAUUAGUAGACCAUUACAGUUAGCUGUACAACCAGAAAAGCAAAGUCAUGAUGAAGAAGUGCCAACAUCACAGCACUGCAGCUCUGCUUCACACUCCUCCAGUCAACUUCUUUGUUUAGAGUCGGCCUCAUUUUCUCCUUAUAUAAGCAUUUCAUCUCACACCUCUGUUCUACCUGCUUCUAUUACACUACACACUACAGCACAACAUGGUUCGAACACACCACACACUGUACCACACCAUACCGCUAAUACACCAAAAGCUCCACCCCAUUGUGCCCCAAAUGCACUACAAACUGCACAUCACUAUGCCACUAUUGCACAACAGUGUUUGUCUACUACCCAAGCUGCACCACACCGUGUGUCUACUGCACCACAAGCUGCACCACACCGUGUGUCUACUGCACCACAAGCUGCACCACACCGUGUGUCUACUGCACCACACCAUGUGUCUACUGCACCACAAACCGCACCACACCGUAUGUCUACUGCACCACAGGCUGCAUCACACAGUGUGUCUACUGCACCACAAGCUGCACCACACAGUGUGUCUACUGCACCACAAGCUGCACCACACAGUGUGUCUGCUGCACCACACAGUGUGUCUGCUGCACCACACAGUGUGUCUACUGCACCACACAGUGUGUCUACUGCACCACACCGUGUGUCUACUGCACCACAAGCUGCACCACACCGUGUGUCUACUGCACCACAAGCUGCACCACACAGUGUGUCUACUGCACCACAAGCUGCACCACACCAUGUGUCUACUGCACCACAAACCGCACCACACCGUAUGUCUACUGCACCACAAACCGCACCACACUGUAUGUCUACUGCACCACAAGCUGCACCACACAGUGUGUCUACUGCACCACAAGCUGCACCACACCAUGUGUCUACUGCACCACAAACCGCACCACACUGUAUGUCUACUGCACCACAGGCUGCAUCACACAGUGUGUCUGCUGCACCACACAGUGUGUCUACUGCACCACAAGCUGCACCACACCAUAGGUCUACUGCACCACAAGCCACACCACACCAUAGGUCUACUGCACCACACCAUAGGUCUACUGCACCACACCAUAGGUCUACUGCACCACACCAUGCCUGUAAUAUUCCACAAGUUACAACCCAAAUGGUACCUCAGUCUUUACCUGUUAUGCAAGGUAAUCACACUUUUGACCUUUCAGCAUGUACUGAAAAAGCUGUAACGAGAGAGAAAAUGUCAUUUAAAAAAUUUCUUUCUUCCAUAUCAAGUGUGACUGUAAUGAACAGUGUACAACCAUUUAAUUUCAAAACUUGAUGCAACUGCAGUAGAGAGAUGAUAUAUUUGAGAUUGUUAUAAUGUGACUUAAAAAGGAUUAUUAUAUCCUUAUUUCCCCAUAAUUUGCAAAUUUCAAAUACAGUGGGGCCUCGAUUUACGAUGGUAAUCUGUUCUCAGAGACUUAUCAUAAGUCGAAAUAACGUAAGUCAAAACUAUUUUUCCCAUAAGAAGUAAAGGGAAUUGAAUUAAUCCGUUCCCCACCCCUCAAAAUAUUAACUUACAAAUACAUUUUAUACUGAAUACAAUUUUUUCUCUAACUACAAUACAGUACAUAUGUUUAUCUUACUUUUAUGGAGGACUCUUGGUGUAUGGAAGAUGGUGAUGAGGGGGGGGGGGGAGGAGAGGUGUAACUGUUUGGAAGGGGCACCACACAGCUUGACACUACUGCACUACUGCAGCUUGAUUAGGGUGAGUCGUUUCAGCAAAAGUUGCAGUUCUUCCCAUGCUGCACUCAUUUUCUUAAUUUUUGAGCAAGGGGCAUUCUGUACUGCCUCCAACUCCCCUGAAGAAAUUUCCUCAGCUACCUCUCUAUUCCUCGCUCUUCCUCUCAGGGAAUGCGGAGGUGCGUUCCUUGGUGGAAUGUGGACUGUGCUCGGGCUGUCCGCUGUAAGCGUGCAGCCUGGAAGAGACAUCGCCACUGGCAGACGGUUGAUUCUUUUCUUUUGUUUCGGAAGGCGAGUGCAGUGGCCCGUAGGACCAUCCGUGCGGCUAAACGUACAUGCUGGUUGUCUUUCGUCUCUACCGUUACGUCCGAAACUCCUCUGUCGCUGGUCUAGAAACGUAUCCGCAAGAUAGCCGGUAAGUUCGUUCUCGAUGUCUCGCCAGUCCUUCGCCUCCGUGGUGCUCUUGUGGUGGACCCAUUGCAGGUCACCACCAAACUGGGUUUCCACUUUUCAUCUGUUAGUUCUGGUUCUCAUCUUCCCCAAUCCUUCUUUCUUCGUAACCCUAUUCUUGAAUCUUGUCCUUUAGAUUUCUGUACUCAUCUUCGCCUUCCCUAUAAUGAUCCCUUCUCUC